AUGCAAAAGAUCCACGAGCGCGAAGUCGACCAUCACGGAAAUCCCCUCCCAGGACAGUCCGUGACAGAGCUAGACAACUUCUCUCAUCAACCCACCCACCCGUCGAAACGUCAACUGGUGCCACCGCAGAGAACAGUCAAAACGCACAGCGCGCAACUCAUUCACAGUGAGUCAGGCUCAAGAUCAAGCCAGGAUGCCAUCACUGUCGAAAAGGUGGCGGCCCUUUCUUAA